AUGAAGAACCCCCUGCCGUGCGUGGUCAUAUGCAUUAAGCUCGCCGUCCUAGCCACCCUGACCCAUUUGGUGCACACGGGAAAGCUUCCGAUCGACGGGCGAAGCUCCUUCUUCUUCCUCUACGCGGCAUCCUUCCUGCUCUAUGCCAUCUCGUCUCUGCGCGACCCCGGCUACCUCAAGUCUUGCCCCCUAGCAUACCUACCGAAAAAUGAGCGAGCUGCAUUCCAAGCGAGCUUAAGUGACCGCACGGGGGGACAUACCAAGAGGAGGGAUAUACCAACAGCUUGCUCCAUCACCCAGGAUGAGAUACCAUCAUCCGAUUCGUUUUCCUCCGAGACAGUCAGCACCAAUGACGAGCUGAACAGCUUCACCAUCAUCCACCACAGGAGCCACAACACGGUCAUCACGGAGAGGGGGGUGCGCAAAAGACAGAAGGGCGCCACGGGGGGACUCGACGGACGAAAACGAUGCGGCCAUGGUAACCCAUGCAGCCAACCCGAUGAGGGUCGCCUCCCCUCCACGAACCAAACGGAAGACGCAUGUCUGGAAGGCAACAGAGGGGGGGCCAAAUUUGAAGAGAAGGCGAAUCCCCAAGCUGGGCGGAGAGUUCCCCCCCGAUGGGGAACACCCCGAUGGGGAACCCCCCGUUUGAUGGCCCCCCAUGGGAUCAGCGCAAACGUGAAUGAGAGUGGCCCCUCCAAGUACAAACCCAAGUCUCUCAAACAACUACACCACGUGGGAUGCAACGCGGAUGAGAAGCAUGAAGGACCUACCCACGUGAAAAGAACGAUAGGGGACCCCCUUGAACGCACGCCCAUCAUAUGCUCCUUGCACGUUGAGAGGAAGCCCACCACCAUCUUUCGCGUGCGAGGUGGGGAGGUGUACCAGUAUGGCGCCCCACUCGAUUACUGCUAUGUGUGCGGCGUUGUGCAGAUCUUGCGAAGCAGACACUGCAACGCCUGCCACAGGUGCGUGCGGACAUUCGACCACCACUGCCCCUGGAUCAACAACUGCGUUGCGGAGAAUAACCGAGGCUCCUAUCUGAUGUACCUCCUCUUUGAAGGCAUGGCGGUUUUUCAUACCCUCCGAUUACUCUCCCGAGUCCUUUGGGGGAUGCUCUUUGGGGAAAAUGGGUUCGUCUGA